GAUUUGCAUGCGGCCGCCGCGGCCGCUGCCUGCGCCCGAGCCCGCCGCCGCCGCCGGAGCCCGCGUCCGCGCCCGACCCGCGCGGCCCCAUGCCUCUGGCGCGGCCCUCGUGGGGGCGAAGGUGAAGACCGGCUCCUAGGAUGAGUGAAGGGGCGGCCGCUGCCUCGCCACCUGGUGCCGCUUCGGCAGCCGCCGCCUCGACCGAGGAGGGCACCGCGGCGGCUGCGGCGGCGGCAGCGGCGGGCGGGGGCCCGGACGGCGGCGGCGAAGGGGCGGCCGAGCCCCCCCGGGAGUUACGCUGUAGCGACUGCAUCGUGUGGAACCGGCAGCAGACGUGGCUGUGCGUGGUACCUCUGUUCAUCGGCUUCAUCGGCCUGGGGCUCAGCCUCAUGCUUCUCAAAUGGAUCGUGGUGGGCUCCGUCAAGGAGUACGUGCCCACCGACCUAGUGGACUCCAAGGGGAUGGGCCAGGACCCCUUCUUCCUCUCGAAGCCCAGCUCUUUCCCCAAGGCCAUGGAGACCACCACCACUACCACCUCCACCACGUCCCCCGCCACCCCCUCCGCCGGGGGUGCCGCCUCCUCCAGGACGCCCAACCGGAUUAGCACUCGUCUGACCACCAUCACGCGGGCGCCCACUCGCUUCCCCGGGCACCGGGUGCCCAUCCGGGCCAGCCCGCGCUCCACCACAGCACGGAACACUGCGGCCCCCUCGACGGUCCUGUCCACCACGGCACCGUUCUUUAGUAGCAGCACGCCGGGCUCCCGACCCCCGGUGCCAGGAACCCCAAGUACCCAGGCAAUGCCCUCCUGGCCCACUGCGGCAUACGCUACCUCCUCCUACCUUCACGAUUCUACUCCCUCGUGGACCCUGUCUCCCUUUCAGGAUGCUGCCUCCUCUUCCUCUUCUUCCUCCUCCUCUACCACCACCACACCAGAAACCAGCACCAGCCCCAAAUUUCAUCAAUGUAAUCAUCUGGCAUUAUUUUCCUUCUGCCUGGACGACUUUCUUUAACAUUUCAAGUUGUGUGUGUCUGCUGCUGAUGAAUUUAUACAAAUUUUGUCGUAGAGACAGGAGGCAUGCCAUACAUGGCAACAUGGGGAAGACCAGAGUGGUCAGGAGGCAGAAACAGGAGCAAGAUGCAACGACGUAUUCCACAGAGCGAUCCGAGCACUUCAAACCCUGCCGAGACAAGGACCUUGCAUACUGUCUCAACGAUGGCGAGUGCUUUGUGAUCGAAACCCUGACCGGAUCCCAUAAACACUGUCGGUGCAAAGAAGGCUACCAAGGAGUCCGUUGUGAUCAAUUUCUGCCGAAAACUGAUUCCAUCUUAUCGGAUCCAACAGACCACUUGGGGAUUGAAUUCAUGGAGAGUGAAGAAGUUUAUCAAAGGCAGGUGCUGUCAAUUUCAUGUAUCAUCUUUGGAAUUGUCAUCGUGGGCAUGUUCUGUGCAGCAUUCUACUUCAAAAGCAAGAAACAAGCUAAACAAAUCCAAGAGCAGCUGAAAGUGCCACAAAAUGGUAAAAGCUACAGUCUCAAAGCAUCCAGCACAAUGGCAAAGUCAGAGAACUUGGUGAAGAGCCAUGUCCAGCUGCAAAAUUAUUCAAAGGUGGAAAGGCAUCCUGUGACUGCAUUGGAGAAAAUGAUGGAAUCAAGUUUUGUCGGCCCCCAGUCAUUCCCUGAAGUCCCUUCUCCUGACAGAGGAAGCCAGUCUGUCAAACACCACAGGAGUUUAUCCUCUUGCUGUAGCCCAGGGCAAAGGAAUGGCAUGCUCCAUAGGAAUGCCUUCAGAAGGACACCCCCGUCACCCCGAAGUAGGCUAGGUGGAAUUGUGGGACCAGCAUAUCAGCAACUCGAAGAAUCAAGGAUCCCAGACCAGGAUACGAUACCUUGCCAAGGGUAUUCAUCCAGUGGUUUAAAAACUCAACGAAAUACAUCAAUAAAUAUGCAACUGCCUUCAAGAGAGACAAACCCCUAUUUUAAUAGCUUGGAGCAAAAGGACCUGGUGGGCUAUUCAUCCACAAGGGCCAGUUCUGUGCCCAUCAUCCCUUCAGUGGGUUUAGAGGAAACCUGCCUGCAAAUGCCAGGGAUUUCUGAAGUCAAAAGCAUCAAAUGGUGCAAAAACUCCUAUUCAGCUGACGUUGUCAAUGUGAGUAUUCCAGUCAGCGAUUGUCUUAUAGCAGAACAACAAGAAGUGAAAAUAUUGCUAGAAACUGUCCAGGAGCAGAUCCGAAUUCUGACUGAUGCCAGACGGUCAGAAGACUACGAACUGGCCAGCGUAGAAACCGAGGACAGUGCAAGCGAAAACACAGCCUUUCUCCCCCUGAGUCCCACGGCCAAAUCAGAACGAGAGGCACAAUUUGUCUUAAGAAACGAAAUACAAAGAGACUCUGCAUUGACCAAGUGACUGGAGAUGCAGGAAUCUGUGCAUUCUAUGCUUUGCUCAACAGGAAAGAGAGGAAAUCAAAUACAAAUUAUUUAUAUGCAUUAAUUUAAGAGCAUCUACUUAGAAGAAACCAAAUAGUCUAUCGCCCUCAUAUCAUAGUGUUUUUUAACAAAAUAUUUUUUUAAGGGAAAGAAAUGUUUCAGGAGGGAUAAAGCUUACCAUUAAAGCUUUGGGGUAGAAUUCUGAAUCCAAUUUCAGUUAGUCCCAACACUGUCCUCUUAGGCUCUUAGAAGAUGUGGGCAAUUCAGAUCCUUGGCCCCACAAGUGCCAGUGUCUAAUUAAAACACACUGGUUUCAAAAAGAGGAGAGCUGCAUCCUGCAGGUGGAUGCACCAGUGAGCAGGUGGCCCUUGCCAUUUGGCUUGCCAGUCCCAAGCCCUAAAUUUCUAUUCACCCAAUAACCUCAUCACAGGUUAUGUCAUGUCGAGAAAUGUAGUGUUUUCUAUUUGAUUUUUGAAGAAUGCCACAAAAGACUCUGCAAUGGGAAGGAGGACAGGAGAUAGAAGGAGAAACCGGGGGCAAUCUUAACUACUCUUGUGUGCCACCUUCCUCUGAGAUUUGAAUGCACAGAUCUCAGCUGGAGGUAUGAAAUUAUUACGGAAAAAGAGACAAACAAGUCACUAUGUCGUGUCACUAAAAUCAUGCUAAUAGAAAUGUUUUUCCUUGAGAUUGUUUAGAGGCUCUGGAGGAGCGUUUCUCAGUUUUUGUGUGCCUGUGUGCACAUGUGUGCGCGAGCGUGUGUGUGUGUGGACUUGCUCACGCGGACACAUAUGCUGUAAGCACAUGUGUUCAUUGUGCGUAUGUGUGUGCAUGUGUGCGCGUAUUACGCUUGCUAAAAUUUGUUCUGAAACAUCAGGGAAUCUAAUAUUCAGAAAAAAUAUUUCCCUCUUAGAUCUGUUCACUUUAAAUUUUUCCAUUAAGUAUAAAGUUCAGUUAGUUCUUAAAUCAAGGUCACUUGCAUGGUGGGGUCGUAUAAAACUCUUGACACUGUCUAGACCAUUUUCUGAUGUGAAUACUUUUGAGAGGAUCAACUAUUGGCUCAUUAAUGAUAUCAGUAUCAUAAGGUGAGUUAAUUGAGGGUGUGUGCUUAUUUUGAAUCAUGCCUACUUAAAUUAUUAACACAAGACAAUUAACAAAUUGACAGUUAUCAUUUGCUUUCUCAUCAUCCUCAUUGCUUUUUAUUUUAUAGCAAGUCUACUACAUGUGGACCAAGGCUUUGGCUUCUGUGGUUAGUAUGGGAAGAAUAAAUUGUUGAAAUAAAAAACCCAGACUAUUCAGUUCACAAGAAGCCCCCCAAAAGAACAGUAAAUUGUGUUGUAUGUUCAUUUGGAAUAAAGCAAUAUUUUUACCACUGCUAAGGUGAACUGAAACCUCUCCUGAAGAUUUGUCUGUUUAUUUACCCUCACUUUCAUGGGACAUAUGAGGAAAUUAGUGUUCACAUACCCAGUCUUUUUUCAAUUAUUGGUGGUAUUGAGUUGUUAUGUUUACACUGUUUUAAAUAAAAAGGCACCGUAUUUGAAAGCA